AUGAGCAACAACGAGUUAAUUGCUUUCUUUGAUUUCAAAAGAGAUAAAUUUGGGGAACUGCAGUUUGGAGUGAGGUUACUUAUUCCUAAGACGAUGGAUCAUAUUGCUCUACGGUCGAUGAUGAUUCGACGGCCAGAUGAAUUCCUUGAAGCCUCCGACACAAUCCACAAUCUGCUCAACGGAUGUAUUUGGAUGGGACAUAACAUUACGAGAGUCGACAUCCCACUGUUAGAGGCUGAGUUUGCAAAAAUUGGCAAAAGACCACCUACCGCCGUAUCAAUAAUCGAUGCAGUUCACUUCACAUCCUCCGACACAAAGUUGGCCAAAAUUGCAAUACAAUUUGGUUUAGGUCGUCAAGUCCACGGGAGCUAUAAGGAUUGCGGCGAGAAUUUUCAGGCUAUCAUGAAUUGUGAAAGUUUGCUGUCUUGUUUGGGGGGACUACCGGAGAUCAAAUAUGAGGAUGAUGUCCAUCCCAUGCUUUCUCUUAUCAAAUAUUAUCACGAUGAAGCAGUAAACACUAAGCAUUUUUCUGAACUAGCUCUGGAGUGA